AUUGAGAGAGUAGAGUGUAGUUGGAUCACUUUAGCGCCACAGAAUAUUUUGGCCCUGUGUUUCUCUCAAUCUGAAUCCCAUUGAUGGUUGGAACGUGAAAAUUCCACCUCAAAUCCAAUGGUUUUCUCUUUGAAUUCAUUCGUCGGCUUCACUUCGACGGCUAAGCAUCAAAAUGUCCCAAGAGAGUGCAUAGGCCUGAAAGCUAGCCAUUUCCCCUCUUCUUCUACAUCACUUGUUUUCAGUAGAAGACCAAUACAUACAAGAAAUCAAAGACCUCUUUCAGUUUCAAACAGUGAUAGGGUUACAACAGAAACCACCGAAAAGACAUCAGAAAUUCCUGAAGUUUCCAUUUCCAUCAAUCAGUCACUGCCCACUUCCGAAGUUGAUCCUAUCAAAAAGACACAACCCGAUGAGGCUGCUUCUAAUGGAUCCAUAUCUUCUCCCUCUGAAUCCGAACCAAAAAGAUCAAAACUAACAGCAAGAGAGAAGCUAAAAGCGGCUAGGGUUCGCAGCAGAUCCUCAGAACCAAAACCAGUUAAAAAAGCAGAGAUGGGAAGCAAAGUGUUGGAAGCUUUGAGGGAAAACGAUAGAAUAUCAGGGAAGAUGAGAUCAGGUCUUCCAGAAGCACCAACAAAUUUGUUUGAUGACAGCAAACGUGGAAUGCCCAAAAAGGGGCUGACAUUUGAGCUACCAGUUGGAUGGGAUGUGUUUCUCAUUAUCCUUUCAGUUGUUUUGAUAAGCACUAUCAUGUUUACAACUACCUUCAUUGUUUGGAAGGUGGGUGCCAUUCAUUUCAACGAGAACUAGCAUCUUCUUCAAACCUAAUCAUAUAUGCUUCAAUGUAAAAACUUAGCUUCCCUUCAUACAUUUCAUUGCUAUAAAGCUUCUUUCUAUUCAUACCA